UAUAAAGAGUAAAGAGAAUGAGGAGGAGGAGCAUGGAUCGCGGUGAGUCGUACCGCAGCGUAUCAGUACAGUGAGAAGUGAGAAGAGAGAAAAUUGGCGUCACGAGGAAAAGGAAAAGGAAAAGGAAAAGAAAGAGGGUGUGAAUGAAAGGGAAGGAAAAGGGGUGAAUCCAUCGGGAGGGAUGGGGGCCUCGCUGUCCAACCUUGGAAGCAACGGUUCCGCCGUCGCUCCGGGCCUCGGCGAUAUCCCGGAGGGUUGCGUCGCUCGCGUCUUCCUCCACCUCACUCCGCCGGAGAUAUGUAACCUCGCGCGCCUCAACCGCUCCUUCCGCGGCGCCGCCUCCGCCGACUCCGUCUGGGAAGCCAAGCUGCCUCCCAACUACCACGAUCUCCUCCUUCUCAUGCCUCCCGAGAGGCACCAACAUCUCUCCAAGAAGAACAUCUUCGCUCUCCUCUCUCGCCCUGUGCCGUUUGAUCACGGCUACAAGGAAGUGUGGCUCGAUAGGGUUACCGGUAGGGUUUGCAUCUCCAUUUCGGCCAAGGCCAUGUCUAUUACGGGAAUUGAUGACCGCCGAUACUGGACUUGGCUUCCUACUGAAGAAUCUAGGUUCAACACUGUAGCAUAUUUGCAGCAAAUAUGGUGGUUUGAAGUGGAUGGGGAGGUCAACUUCCCAUUACCUGCUGAUAUUUAUACUCUCUCCUUUAGGCUUCACCUUGGGCGAUUUUCCAAGAGGCUUGGUCGACGUGUGUGCAAUUAUGAGCACACCCAUGGUUGGGAUAUAAAACCAGUGAGAUUUCAGCUGUCAACCAUGGAUGGUCAGCAAGCAUCAUUUGAGUGCUGCCUGGAUGAAAAUGAACCUGAUGAUGCACAUGGCAAUCAUAAGCGCGGACAUUGGGUAGAUUACAAGGUGGGUGAGUUUAUUGUCAGUGGAUCAGAACCUACGACUAAAGUAAGAUUCUCCAUGAAACAGAUUGAUUGUACACACUCUAAAGGUGGGCUCUGUGUAGAUUCUGUAUUUAUUAUACCUAGUAAUUUGAGGGAGCGCACGGGAAGUGUUGGCAUUAUGAAAUAACCAGAGAGUAUAGGAAUUUUUUAUUUUUCAAUUUUUUGGUAGUUUGUACACGUUCUCUUUAGUUUUUAUGUAAUCACCGUUUGUGUGUCAUUUCCAUGGUUUAUACCUUUGUCAGAUUAGAUUGGAUACAGAAACAGGAAAGCAAACUUCCCUAACACUUGCUUUGGCUGGUCGUCUAUUCCUUCUGGAAACUUAAUUGUGAUGCUGUUGUAGAUUUUUCUUACCUGAUAUUAUUGUGCCUUCUAUCAGGUAUUGACACAAAUUUUGGAGAGUAUGCUUGGAAUAUUUAGGUAUACCUUCUUUAUAGGUGCAAUAUUAAACAAAGCUGGUGGUUGACUAUUUAAA